CGGGCGCACGCACCACGUGUACACGGGCGUGGCGGUGCUGCGGCGGCUGGAACACCGGCGCUGGACCACCGAGCGUUUCUCGGAGGUGACGGCUGUCACGCUCGACACGCUGCCGCCCGACAUUGUCCACGGCUACGUGGACACCGGCGAGCCCAUGGACAAGGCUGGCGGCUACGGCAUACAGGGGCUCGGCGGCACCCUGGUGUCGGGAAUCGACGGCGACUACUACAACGUCGUCGGCCUGCCCAUCCAUCAGCUGUGCAAGCACCUGUACCAGAUGUACGGCUCCAAGGACGGCUCCUCGGAGCGGUGACCGGGGGCGCCCCUGGCCCUGCCCCGAGGGCACGGAUGCGGUGAUGAGCGCGCCUCCGGGCCCGGCUGCAGUCGGAGACGGCGCCGGGCGUCGCUGCCGUACUGCUCACGUUGUCUCAGGGAGUCGGCAGCUCGGAGGGCCCGGCGGACGACGCUGUGUGAUCCAGCGCUGGCGGCCGCACGCCGAGUGAUCCGGCGGCCGCCGUGUCCUGUGUGAUCCUAUUCUGGAACCCAUGUGCCGUGUUAUCCGCCGCUGGCGGUCUCGCCCAGUGUGGUCCGCUGCUGACAAUCGCACUCUGUGGGACCUGGUGACGAUCGCUUGUCCCGUGUCGUGACGCGGCGCCAGGUUCGUGACUGUUGUCGUGCCGUGCGGCGCAGUGGGUCUGUCUCCGGGACCCGGCGGCUGCGGUCGUGUCCUGCGCACCGCAGCAGCGUCGAGCAUUUCCGGCGCAAUACAGUGCGACAACGAA